AUGGACUACGGCCAUCGCCUGAUGUCAACCGAGUUUCAAUUGCUGGAAUUGACCCGCUUUGAAACAGCGAAGAGGACAGAAAAAGGAGGAGAUGGAGCUGAUCUCUGGCACCGCAACUCAUCGGCCCAUUUUACCGGGGCGAACGUGCACGAUGGCUCCGGGCACCAUCAACGACCUAAGGGAGAACCUAAGGGAGAUGCAGUUAGUGCCGCUGACCAGGGAAUCAUCGCUAAAACUGAAGGCCAAGCGAUCGGCUUGCGUCACCUCCCCUCCCUCGACGAUGACGACGUGCAUGACCAGAUUGAUCGCGGACCGUAA